AUGCGGAUGUUUUUCCUAUUGCUUCUGGCGUCCUUCGGCGUGCUUCUCGUUGAUGCGUCCUCGAGCGACGUGCAAGGAAUAUACUCCCUUGUUCAGCGUCUCAUACCCCAGCAUCAGAACUCAUUCACCUUCAAUCUAGUCGAAGGCAAGGGGGAUGUCUUCACAAUCAGCGACACGUCCGGGUCGAAUGGCGCUAUCACCGUUGACUGUACCACCACCAGCGCAUGCGCAAGAGGUCUCUACACGUAUGUCACUGAGUUCGGAGGUGUCGACAUUUACUGGACUGGCUCGCGGCUGAAUCAGCUUCCCUCCGAGCUUCCCCCGGUUGGCAGCCCAGUAAGUGGAAGUGCCAUUGUGCCAUACAGAUAUUUCUUCAACACGGUCACGUUUGAUUAUACUUGCGUCUGGUGGAAUUUUGACCAGUGGUCACUGGAGCUCGAUUGGCUUGCUUUGCGUGGAGUGAACUUGCCCCUUGCAUGGGUCGGAUAUGAAUACACUCUCGAACAGGUCUUCCUGGAAGCAGGCCUGACACAAGCUGAUAUCGAAGACUACCUUUCGGGACCGGCAUUCCAAGCAUGGAAUCGCUUCGGAAACAUACAAGGGAAUUGGGGCGGCCAGCUGCCACAGCAAUGGGUCGAUGACCAGUAUGCACUCCAACAGCAGAUCCUCCAGCGCAUGUCCGAGCUCGGUAUGACGCCUGUCAUGCCCGCGUUCACUGGAUUUGUCCCCAUGGCCAUGGCUGAUGUUUAUCCGAAUGCAUCUAUCAUUCGCGGUUCGCAAUGGUCUGGAUAUCCCUCCACUUUGACGAAUGUCUCCUUCCUGGAGCCUAUGGAUCCCCUCUUCGCUACUCUCCAGAAGUCUUUCAUCACGAAGCAGCAGCAAAAUUAUAAUGUGACAUCGCACAUCUACACGUUGGACCAGUACAACGAGAACAACCCGCUCACCAACGACACUUCCUACCUCGCUGGCGUCUCUGCAGGUACAUUCGCCAGCCUCCGCGCUGCCGACCCAGAAGCCAUCUGGAUGAUGCAAGGAUGGCUAUUCUUCAGCAGCGAGUCAUUUUGGACGAACCCAGUCAUCGAGGCAUUCCUCGGUAGCGUUCCCAAUGAUGGCAUGAUCAUCCUCGAUCUGUAUUCGGAGGCCGCUCCACAGUGGAACAGGACAGGUUCGUACUUCGGCAAGGACUGGAUCUGGUGCGAGCUGCACGACUAUGGCGGAAACAUCGGCAUGGAGGGCAACCUUCCUGCGGUGACCACUGGCCCGAUCACUGCGCUUGAUUAUCCAGGAAGCACUAUGAAGGGCAUGGGCCUGACGAUGGAGGGCCAAGAAGGGAACGAGCUUGUGUACGAUAUUCUCCUCGACCAAGCAUGGUCUGCGGCGCCCUUGGACAUCAACACGUACACUGCAUCCUGGGUGUCGCGCCGAUAUCCUGUCAACCCCCUCCCCGCUGCUGCUCAGGAAGCAUGGGGCAUCCUCAGUUCGACCGUGUACAGUAACGAGGAUCCUAAUACUCAGGCAACCAUCAAGAGUAUUUAUGAGCUUGCACCAAACUUGACUGGGCUAAUUGACCGCACUGGCCACCACCCCACGGAAAUUCCCUACGACACAUCCACCACCAUCGUUCCCGCGCUGAGACUGCUCGUUCAAGCAGUCGAAGAGAAUCCUGAGCUCAAGUGUGUCCCCGAGUUCGUCUAUGAUGUCGUGGACGUCACGCGCCAAGUGCUUUCCAACCGGUUCAUUGACGAGUACAAUACACUCGUAGCGACGUACAACUCCACGUACGCCACGCCCGAUACUGUGGCUGCUGCUGGCGAACCCCUACUCGCUAUUCUGUCCACGCUCGACUCCUUACUUGCGACGAACGAAUACUUUCUCCUGAGCACUUGGAUCGCCGAUGCACGCAGCUGGGCAGGGAACAAUGUGACAUACGCGAAUUACCUGGAGUACAACGCUCGUAACCAAAUCACCCUGUGGGGCCCCACGGGCGAGAUCAACGACUACGCGUCGAAGGCAUGGGCGGGCCUCGUUGGUGGAUACUACACGCAGAGAUGGGAGUCGUUUAUUACAUAUCUCGAGGACAGCGUGAAGAACGAGACGCCGUAUAACAGUACGGAGGUUGCGGAUGCCAUGCUGGAUAUCGGAGAGCAUUGGGAUCUCGAAAUCUGGGGCCAGCGCGCGGGAGAGACAUGGGGCGUCACUGGAAACACCUGGGAUGUCGUAAACGAGGUCCUGGGUCAGUGGACGUGA